UGGUAGAACCGCUAGCGGUGAACCCAUGACUAUCUAAUCGUUUACCUUGAAGAGAAGAAUAUAUAUUUAAAAGAUUUCUCAAGAUGUAUGCACUUCUGAGCCGUAUCUACACGGCCUUCAAUCCGCCAAAAGUAGAAAAGGCCGAUGGUGCCAUCAGAUUCGGCGUGUUGGGAGCUGCUAAGAUUGCGCCCCUGGCUAUUAUCACCGCAGCCGCAUCACAUCCAGAGGUCAUUGUUCAGGCCAUCUCAGCUCGGGACCGGGCCCGUGCCGAGGAGUUUGCGAAGAAGCACGGGAUUCCCGACGUGAGAGACACGUACCAGGACAUCAUCGACGACCCCAACAUCGACGCCAUCUUCAUCCCGCUGCCGAACAGCCUGCACUACGAGUGGGCCGUACGGUCGAUCCGCGCCGGCAAGCACGUGCUGCUCGAGAAGCCGUCGGUCAACAAUGAGGCCGAAGCCUCGGUCCUCUUCAAUCUGCCGGAGCUUUCGCGGCCCAGCAGAGCCCCCGUGAUACUGGAGGCCUUCCACAGCCGGUUCCACCCGGCGGUGCACAAGUUCCUGUCGUUCGUCAGCCCGGCGGACGUGGUGCACGCGCACACGGACACGAUGGUGCCGUGGUGGCUGACGGCGCCGGACAACAUCGAGUUCAACUACGCGAUGGGCGGGGGCAGCCUGAUGCAGCUGGGGACGUACAACGUGGCGAUGCUGCGGAUGAUCUUCGGGGGCGAGGCGGACGAGUGUGUGGGGUGCUCGGUCGGGGUGCUGGGCGACGGCGUGCACGACCGGUGCGACGCGGACUUCCGGGCGUCGUUCCGGUUCCCGAACGGUGGGGUCGGCGAGGCGACGUCGACGCUGCGGGGCCCGCUGUUGUGGAAGCCGAGCGAGGCCCGCGUCACGCACAGGGAGGUCGUGGUCUCCGACGACGACGACGACGACGAUAAUGACAAGAUACCUGCCGCUGGCCAGGAAAAGGUGCGGACGCGUGUGGUCACGAUGCACGGUUUCAUGCACGCCAUCGUAUGGCACCGCAUCGACGUCAGCGAUUCGUAUGUGAUCCGCGACAAAGCUGACCGCCGUCCCAUCAAGAGCUGGGUCGAGUCUUCCUCGCACAAGGCCUACACUUUCAAGGAGGCCGGUGGCGAGUUUGCUGACAUUGCUGGCGAGCCGUGGUGGAUGUCCUAUCGUUUCCAGCUUGAGGCGUUUGUGAAUCGGGUCAAAGGCCGGAAGACGCAGUACUGGAUCUCUGGAGAGGACUCUAUCGACCAGAUGAAGAUGGUUGAUAUGGCCUACAAGAAAAGCGGGCUAGGACUGCGGCCAACGAGCGAAUUCCAGUAACUUGACCCGCGAAUGUUUCAGGGGUGAUAAGUGGGUUAUCAUAGUCUGUUCCAAGAACAAUUCACUUCAAUUGUCAGGGAUCAGUUGAAUAUCAUGUCAGCUUUUCAUGUUUUGAUUGUG